CCGCGUGCGGACGCUCCUCCGGCGGCGGCGGCGCGGCGUGUGAGGCGGCGGCCGGCCAUGCUGCGACUCGCGACCAAGCUGGUGGCGUUCUUCUGGAGGAGGGCGGACGGCCCGGCCGAGGGCGCGGCGACGCCGGGCGCCGAGCUCGCGGAAGGUGACCCGAAGCUGCGGAGCGUGCGGGGAGUGGUGACGAGGUACUGCAGCGACUACGGCAUGAUCGACGACCUGGUCUACUUCUCCGGCGACGCGGUGGCCAGCAAGGCGCUGCUCGACGUGGGCCAGGAGGUCAUCGCGGUCGUGCAAGAGGACCGGGUGUCCCGCGGACUCCGAGCCGUCCGGGUGGAGGCCGUCUCUGAUAAGUGGGAAGGCGACAGCAAGAGCCAGGGCGGGGGCCUGUCGCCGUCCGGCCCCCACGUGCUGAUUGGCUGUGUGACUUCGCUGAUGGAGGGUGCGGGCUACAUCAGUCAGACCACAUACUUCUCUCUGGAGAGUGUUUGCGAAGGUUUCGAGCCCUGCAAGGGAGACUGGGUGGAGGCGGAGUACUGGAUCCGGCCGGGCACGUGGAACAGCGAGGCCAUCUCCGUGAAGCCGCUGAGGUACAAGCGCGUGGAAAGGGUCUGCAUUUCUAGCCUCUGCGGUAGAAACGGGGUGAUAGAUGACAGCAUCUUUUUCACCUUGGACUCUCUGAAGCUUGCUGAGGGAUACGUGCCUCGAAGACAUGACGUGGUCAGUGCCGUGGUGGUGGAGAGCAGCCAGUCGUGCUAUGUCUGGAGAGCCCUGUGCAUGACCCCCGUGAAAAGACGGGACCCUGCUGCCUUUGAAGAGGCUGCUGAUGAGUCCUGCGGAGCCCUUUUACUGAAGAACAAAGGUGGUAUUGAAGUCACAAGGAUGACAAAUUUUGGAACAUUAAAGGAAGGAGAAAGUAAAAAUCUGGUGAUCUGGAUAGAGAACAAAGGAGAUAUUCCUCAAAACUUAGUCAGCUGUAAACUGGCCGGCUGGGAUAAAACUAAACAAUUCAGGUUUCAAACGCUGGAGAAAACCCAGAAGUGCCCAGGAGGGUCUCUUGUUCCCAUUCCCAGGAAGGAGAAGAAUUUUUCAGAUGAAAAUACUGACUCACUAGAGAGCUACCAAAAAAACACAACCUGUCAAGCGUCAGAGAGUCGUGUGAACAGCAGAGACAUCUAUCCAGACGACUGUGCUUGUGAAGAUGAGGACAGAGAAGAGAGGAGGCAGGGGAAGCAGACGACAGAGCUGGAGCCAGAAGGGCUCAUCCCUCCCGGUGCAAGAGCCCCGGUUGUGGUCGCAUGCGAUGCGGGCGACCCCGGCCGCUGCCGGGAGCUCCUCCUGCUCUGCUUCUCCAGCUUCGUCAUCGGCCGGUUCCUCGAGGUGACGGUCGUGAGCCAGGAGGAGUCGCUUAUAGCCAUCCGAGAGCCGUUUUCGUGGAAGAAGUCGAGAAGUGCCACCGCACUCAAACCCACAAAAACUACAGUCGUGGUGACCACACAGAAAAGGAACUCAAGACGACAACUUCCAAGCUUUCUUCCACAGUAUCCAAUACCAGAUAGACUUAAGAAAUGUGUGGAGCAAAAAAUUGACAUUCUGACUUUUCAGCCUUUGCUCGCAGAGCUUUUGAACAUGUCGAACUACAAGGAAAAGUUUUCAACUUUGCUCUGGCUUGAAGAGAUUCAUGCAGAAAUAGAACUGAAAGAAUAUAACAUGAGUGGGGUCACCUUGAAAAGAAACGGUGACCUGCUGGUUCUGGAGGUCCCAGGACUGGCUGAAAGUAGGCCUUCUCUCUACGCAGGAGAUAAGCUGAUUUUAAAAACUCAAGAGUACAAUGGACAUGUCAUCGAGUACAUCGGCUACGUGAUUGAGAUUCAUGAAGAAGAUGUAACCCUUAAACUUAACCCAGAAUUCGAGCAGGCAUAUAACUUCGAACCUAUGGAUGUGGAAUUCACAUAUAACAGGACCACAAGCAGACGGUGUCACUUUGCACUUGAACACGUCAUCCACUUAGGUGUUAAAGUGCUGUUCCCAGAAGAAGUCGUUUUACAGUCUCCCCAAGUAGCAGGGAGUUGGAACCAUGCACAAGACACCAAGAAUGACGCACAGCCCACCAUCAAGACUAGGAAAGCCACGAAGGACCACACCAAGCCUGCAGCCAAGGAGAGGCGGCCUGAUGCCCAGGCCUCACCGGGCCCGGCGGCCUUUGCGGAAAAGUCAGCUCAUCGGGUAAACGAAGCGCAGGUCCCCAGGGCGAGAGAAAAGGAAUUUUUCAAUCCCGUGCUCAACGAAAACCAGAAGUUAGCUGUUAGAAGAAUCCUGAGUGGGGACUGUCGCCCGCUCCCGUAUAUUCUUUUUGGACCUCCUGGAACCGGGAAGACAGUGACAAUUAUAGAGGCUGUCUUACAGGUAUACUACGCUUUGCCGGACAGUCGGAUACUGGUGUGUGCGCCCUCCAACAGUGCGGCCGACCUCGUGUGUCUGCGGCUGCACGACAGCCAGGUGCUGCGGCCUGGCGCCAUGGUCCGCGUCAACGCCACCUGCAGGUUCGAGGAGACCGUGGCCGACGCCCUCAAGCCGUACUGCAAGGAGGGAGAGGACAUCUGGAAGGCUUCCCGCUUCAGGGUCGUCAUCACCACGUGCAGCAGCGCCGGGCUCUUCUACCAGAUAGGUGUGAGAGUCGGACAUUUUACACACGUGUUUGUGGACGAAGCAGGACAGGCGAGUGAGCCAGAAUGCCUUAUUCCACUGGGGCUGGUUUCAGACGCCAACGGCCAGAUUGUCCUUGCCGGAGACCCCAUGCAGCUCGGACCCGUCAUUAAGUCCAGACUCGCCAUGGCCUACGGGCUGAGCGUCUCUAUGUUGGAGAGACUGAUGUCCCGGCAGGUGUACCUACGGGACGAAAACGCUUUUGGGGCGUGCGGCGCCUACAACCCCCUGCUGGUGACAAAGCUCGUGAAGAACUACAGGUCGCACCCGGCUCUGCUGGCGCUGCCGUCCAGGCUCUUCUACCACAAGGAGCUGGAAGUGUGCGCAGACCCCUCGGUGGUCACCUCCCUGCUGGGCUGGGAGAAGUUACCAAAGAAAGGCUUCCCCCUCAUCUUCCAUGGCGUCAGGGGCAGCGAAGCUCGCGAAGGGAGGAGCCCGUCCUGGUUCAAUGCUGCCGAGGCGGUCCAGGUCCUGCGCUACUGCUGCCUGCUGGCCAGGAGCCUCUCCAGCCAGGUGUCCGCCAGUGACAUUGGUGUGAUCACGCCCUACCGGAAGCAGGUGGAAAAAAUCAAAAUUCUUCUGCGCAAUGUCGAUCUCACAGACAUAAAGGUUGGAUCGGUGGAGGAGUUUCAAGGGCAGGAGUAUCUGGCCGUCAUCAUCUCCACCGUACGGUCAAAUGAAGAUAGAUUUGAAGAUGAUAGAUACUUUUUGGGAUUCUUGUCCAACUCAAAAAGAUUCAAUGUUGCAAUCACCAGACCCAAAGCCUUGCUGAUCGUGCUGGGAAACCCUCAUGUUCUGGUCAGAGAUCCCUGUUUCGGUGCUUUACUGGAAUACAGCAUCACCAAUGGCGUCUACACCGGCUGCAAUCUCCCUCCGGAACUGCAGUCCCUGCCAAAAGCCGGGGCCAAAGGGCCCCCCAGGACCAGGUCCCUAGCCCCAACGGGUGAGGCAUCCCAGACAUCUGCUGUCCUCCCUUCUGGGCUGGGAACCCUGCCACGUGCCUUGUGUCCCAGCGUGGGACCCGUGGGGUCAGACAGAGCCUGCUGACUGUACUCCGCACCAGCCCUUUCCUGCCGCCGGGCGGGUACCUGAACCCGUCACCCAAAUAAAUGCUCACAUGGGACACCCAGCGUGGCUUUCCACCUCCAGGCACACUGGACGCUGGGAGGCCAGU